CAGUGAACGGGAGGGAAUGAAAAGAAUUCCGGAACUGAGGCGUUUGUUCCUAGCCGAGCUUCAAAACCUGGCGCACCUUCGAUGCGAGUGUUUUGUACAUGUUCGUUUCACUUCUGUUGGUUCACGUUUUUACUAAUGGACUGACUUCGGCCAGCAGAGAUGCUGUUUAAAGAUCUCCCAAGAGAGGCCCUGAUGCGGCCCUUGUCCAGGAAUGAAGUGGUGGGCAUGUUGCUGAGGCUGACCAUCUUCGGUGCAGCGACCUACUACAGCAUCAAAUGGGUCGUGGAUGCAAUGGACCCUACUGCCAAACAGAAAAGCCAAGCCAAGAAAAGGGCAGAACAGCUGAUGAAGAGGAUUGGUGUUGAGGGGGUCAAACUUACAGAGUAUGAGAUGAACAUUGCAUCUCACCUAGUUGAUCCACAAACCAUGAAGGUGUCCUGGAGAGAUAUAGCAGGUCUGGAUGAGGUUAUAAAUGAGCUGCAAGACACAGUCAUCCUGCCCUUUCAGAAACGACACCUUUUAGCUGGAUCCAAACUCUUUCAGCCUCCGAAAGGUGUUUUAUUGUUCGGUCCUCCGGGAUGUGGGAAGACCAUGAUCGCCAAGGCAACAGCCAAAGCCUCAGGCUGCAAGUUCAUCAACCUUCAGGCCUCCACGCUGACAGACAUGUGGUAUGGCGAAUCACAGAAGCUGACUGCUGCUGUCUUCUCAUUGGCUGUCAAAAUCCAGCCCUGCAUCAUCUUCAUCGAUGAGAUCGAGUCAUUUCUGAGGAACCGCUCCAGUCUGGACCAUGAGGCCACAGCCAUGAUGAAGGCCCAGUUCAUGAGCCUGUGGGACGGCAUUGAUACCUCCUCAACCACCCAGGUGAUGGUGAUGGGAGCUACAAACAGGCCACAAGAUGUGGACCCAGCCAUUCUGCGCCGGAUGCCCACCACUUUUCAUGUUGGCCUGCCAAACACAAGACAAAGACAGGACAUCCUGAGGCUGAUUUUAGCAGGAGAAAAUCUAAGCAACGCCAUCAAUCUGAAGGAGAUUGCUGAGAAGACAGACGGUUACUCGGGCAGCGACCUCCGGGAGCUGUGCCGCGAUGCUGCCAUGUAUCGUGUCCGGGACUACGUCCGCAAGGAGCAGAUGAGGCAGAUCGCCCAGCAGCUACAGGACUGCCAGGAGGAGGAGAAACCCGUCGACGAGGAACGGCUGCGGCCAGUCACCCAGCUGGACCUCCUCUUCGGCCUGGACAAGAUGAAGGAAUCAAAGCGUGCCACAGCUUUCAUGUUACCCAGCGUGGCAGAGGUUCCCCUGGACUAACCACAACACAACACUCCCGACAGCAAACGUGUUCUCUGCCACACAGUGUCCACAGGCUGUUCCAAGUGGCCGAGCAGAGGCUCCUUGAACAUGUCAGAGGUGCAGCUGGAAGUUUAUUUUUUCCAGGCAGGGAUUGUUCUGAGCAUGCUCGUUUCCAGCACAACCCUGUUACAUGUGUACAGUUAUAAUACAUUCAGAAAUCUAAUGUCUCCGAGAAGCAACUGACCGGCUCUGUUGGAGAGAUUAGGAGUCAGAGUCUUGCCAAGAGCGUUAUGAAAGCUUGUUCUGAAGAGCAGAAAGCCUUCUUCAGAAACUUCAUGAAACUGUCGGAAGUAACUCUAAAAACGACUCUACUGUACGACUCCCACCAUUGACUUACAUAUGAUCAUGACCAGAGGUGAGUAAGUGUGCUGACUCAUGAUUCAUGAGUCAUUCAAAGUUUGGACUCUAGUUCAGUUUAAUCCUUAAAUCAACCAUUACUCCGUGCUGUCCUUGUUCGCAGACACUCACGAAGAACAAAGACUUUAAAAUCCAAUCAUAUAAACUGAGUGCUUUGUAAGAAAUGAUUCAGCUGAUCCUGUCGCCCCCAGUUCACACUACUCUGUAUUGUCUGCAAGUGUUGUCGUAGAUAGCAAGUUAAAGUAAUAUCACAUUUGCACAUUAGGCUGAGAUUUUAAUUGAAGUAGGCUGCUUCCUCCUGGUGGAUGAGCUGAUACUGUUUUGACAUUUUUUAACUGUAAUUGAACCCCACCUAUAACAAUCUGAGCCAGCAUCCCCAUUAAAAGACACUGAUUUGACCUUUUAUCAUUAUCUUACUGACUGUACAAAUACAUGUAGUUGCUGUAUCAUUGUUCAUUGCUUCUCAGCUGUUAGCAGGUGUAUAAUAGGAAUCAUACAUGUUUGUGAAUGUGGAAGCAAAAUGUUGCUUUAGAGCAACGGCUCGGACUUGAAUGCAGCUGGUUACUCAAUCCAGUGAUUUAAUGCUGUUUUGCAAAGCGAAUUCUUCAGCACAUCUUCUUUUAUUUUUCCACCCAAAAUGACAAUAUGUUGACAAGCUGUUACUUUUGUGGAAUUUUCUCACAAAGCUCUUUUUAAGUGUUAUUUUUAGUAAUGGUUAGUUCCCUUUGUUUUGGUUUGAAUGUUUUUAUAAUUAACUUUUCGUGUCACGUCCUGGCCAUCAAUCAAUGACUGACACGCAUCAGGGUUUUCGGUGCCAGUUUACUUUCAUUCUCACUUUAAGGAGAGCUUGGCUUUAGAUUCUGAAUACUUUGAUUCAACUGUCGGGCUGGAGUUGCUGCGACUUGCUUUUUCUGCCUUCCCUCUGUAUAAAAAGCCUCAUUAUUUGCCACAUGGACACAGCAUGUGUUCAUGGAUCUGUUUGUGGGUCUAGUUUAGACCUUUCGCCCACACAGUUGAGGCAGCCAGGGCAUAUCUGUCAUUGAGCCGCAGCCACGUGGUGGCACUGUAGCUGCACUGUCCUGUUACUGAGGCAGCCGCAGAUAUGGACUGCUCACAUGUAGAGGAGCUUCACGCGUUAUGGUGAGACAGUGGAACAGGGGACCCUGCUAACAGGAUUAUUUCUCCCUUAUUGCUUUAUUCAUUGUUGCUCUUCAUUAGAGUACCUCGGGUGACAGUGAAAGGUCAAAAUGUUGCCAUGUAAACCAACAGUUGUGUCGCAGCAGCUGGCAGGUCUUAGUUCCCUUUCCCAGGGAAAGAUAACAUCCUUUUAAAAUGUUUUCCUUCAAUGCAAUAUCACUCAUCAGGUAAUUAAUCAAUUAUAUGACGAGAGACUAAUUCUGUGUUCACAUGCAGUUACUGUUUAUUCUACUGUCAACUGUGUUGAGUGUACGAUAUGUUAACCAUGUACUGUAAAGUGUAUUUAUUAAAAGACUGAAGAAAAUAUUUAUCUUUUUUCAACCAGCAAAAAUGUUACCUCAUUUAUUUCAGCAUGGAUUUAGAGCUGUUAGUCUUUGUCCUGUCCAUGUUUGUGUCUUAAAUGUAAUAAAUCUCAUUAUUCCCAAAGACAGAA